CUGAUUUGUGUUAUAGUUUUAUAUUGAUAAAUAUGAAUAUGAAUAAUAUAAACUGCAAAAACGUGUUAUAUUAACACCAAUUCACAAAACUUGAGGAAAUUCCACGUACGCCGGUAGUUUUGCUACUCCAACAAUGUUCACUUCUGCUGUAGUAAGAAUCAACAGAAAACAAUUUUUAUUAAAUAGAAAGCAAAUAUACUUUUUAAAACAAAUUGUUAUUAAUAAUUUUGCACUUUUUUAUUAAAACUUUACAAAAGCAAAUUAAAAUCCACAACACAAAAACAAAAAUGUUUGUUUUUAAAUUUGGCACCGGCCUUAUGUCACUGCGUGGUUGCUAUGACAACUACAGCUGUUCGCAUUGCCAAUAUUAGUACAAUUAUUUUGAGAAAUAGAAUUGGCACUGAACGUACGCCUUGUAGAGUGUGUGUGUGUAUGUUCAUUUGUUUUGAAGCGUAAUACAGUGCUUGCAAGUAAUAAAUUUUGCUGCUGCGUUUAUUUUCAAGCCUUUAGUGUUAAAUUAUUUAAUAAUGUAAUAUUUUAUAAAAGAUUUACUGAAAAUAUAAAAACAAAAUGCUUGUAAUGUGCUAUUAUAAGUACAUGCAAGCGUUUUAACGUUAUUCGGCAUGUGCAAACGUACGCAGACAUUUUAGCAAAAAUCGAUUUUUCAAAAGUACGUUACCAUAAACGCUUUAAGCAUUUAAAUUAAAUUUAAAGUUAGCCAAAUUAGUGAUACGUAAUAGUAGUUAAAAAAAUGUAAUUAGUUAUAAUCCUUAAAACCAUACAACGAUACGCGAAAACAUAAACCAAACGAAAUGCCUGAAAAUUUGGAAUUACAUCAAUUUGUGGACGGUUUUCGUCACAGUGAAACCAGAAAUCGUUGGCUAUCACGCAUUAAGUCGAAACUAAACUGUCCUUAUUUAGGAAUAAUACUCGCUACACUCUCAUCCUUAUUUUUCUCACUUUGCUCCGUUAUUGUCAAAGGUCUAGUUGAUAUCAAUCCUAUGGAAUUAGCAUCCUUUAGAUUUGUUGGUGUGUUACUUCCUGCAAUACCAAUUGUCAUCUAUACUAAGCAACCCGUCUUCCCUGAAGGUAAACGUGUAAUAUUGCUCUUGCGUUGCUUUAUGGGCACAACUGGUUUGAUGCUCAGUUUCUAUGCCUUCCGCCAUAUGCCACUGGCUGAUGCCAGCGUUAUUAUAUUUUCGACGCCAGUUUUUGUUGCCAUAUUUGCGCGCGUUUUCCUCAAAGAACAUUGCAGUUUAUUUAAUAUUUUAACUAUAAUAUUAACACUGGUGGGUGUAGUACUUAUCACAAGACCACCAUUCGUAUUCGGCCAACAAGCAACAACAGAUGUGAAUUUGGAACGUUUGGACGGGAAACACUAUGAUAUUUGGGGUCCAGUUGCUGCUAUAUCCUCCACACUAUUCGGUGCCAAUGUUUAUAUACUACUGAGAGCACUUAAAGGCUUACAUUUUUCAGUGAUUAUGACAAAUUUUGGUGCAUUUGCAUUAAUCUAUACAAUAAUAGUGUGUGGCACAAUAGGUGCCAUAUGUUGGCCAGCAUGUGGACGUGAUCGCUGGUUAGUUGUUGUAUUAGGUAUAUUUAGUUUCUUGGGGCAAAUAUUGCUCACACUAUCGCUACAAGUGGAACAGGCUGGACCAGUGGCCAUAGCACGUUGUGCUGAUAUCGUUUUUGCUUUUAUAUGGCAGACAAUGUUUUUUGGUGAAACUCCCACAGGAUACUCACUCGUUGGCGCAAUGCUGGUUGUCAGCAGUGUUAUAUUAACUGCUCUUAAGAAAUGGGCUCUUUCGUUGCCCCGCGAAUCAACGGCACGUAAACGUUUACGUUAUUUGCUAUUGGAUUAAAAAUUACUCAAGCUUUUGUGCGUUCACGAAACACAGAAGCAAGCAUUGUGGUUUCUCUCAUAGUUAAUUAAUUUAAGAUAUACUUAUAAAUAUUAAGUUAUAUACGUAUAUAUAUAUUUAAGUACAUAUGUGUUUCUGUAUGUAAUCAAAUUUUUUAGUCAAUUUUUUUUGUUUGGAUUUGUUAACUAACUAAACAGAGGCUCGUUUAUUUAUUUAUUAUUUUUAUUAACUCAUAUAUACAUAAAAGUCAAAUAGUAUUACUGAUGUGAUUUAUGUACUUAAGUUGUCUAAGUUUUAAAGUAAAUUCACGUUGAAUUAGUGCAAUUGUAAUCAAAUCUUUAAAUUAAAAUACCGACUAUGUAGUAGGUUAUUAGCCUGCAUAUGUAUAUGCUCAAGACAGUUUAACUUUAUUGGUAUUAGCUUGCAUGGAAAUAUAUUGAAA